AUGAUUUGCAAUGCCAAGUUGAGCAAUUCUAGUCUAGCACCGGCAAAACUAAGAGAACACUUCCUUAAGCUGCAUGGAGAUGGAAAAUACAAGAACACAACGCUCGCUGAAUUCAAGGUGAGGAGAGCCAGAUUCGAUGAAAAGGCUAGUCUGCCUGUUCUCGGCUUUGUACCCAUCAACAAACCGAUCCUCAUAGCAUCGUACGAAGUUGCUUACCUGAUUGCAAAGCAGGGCAAACCCCACACCAUUGGUGAAACACUCAUAAAACCAGCUGUGUUGAAGAUGGCGAAUAUCAUGCUGGGAAAAGCGGCUGAAGUUAAGUUAUCCCAAAUUCCUCUUUCAAAUGACACCAUCAGCGACAGAAUAGAGGACAUGAGCAAAGACAUCUUGGCUCAAAUAGUUGCAGAUCUGAUUUCAAGCCCGGCAAAAUUCAGCCUUCAACUCGACGAGACCACAGACGUCUCCAAUCUAAGCCAGCUUGCAGUAUUCGUGCGCUAUGUGAAAGACGACGUGAUAAAGGAAGAGUUUUUAUUUUGUAAGCCUCUUACAACUACAACAAAGGCAGCCGAUGUGAAGAAACUUGUGGAUGACUUCUUCAAAGACAACAAUCUUUCGUGGGAUAUGGUUUCUGCAGUUUGUUCGGAUGGAGCUCCAGCCAUGCUGGGAAGAAAGUCUGGUUUUGGUGCGCUAGUGAAAGCCGAUGCACCACACAUCAUUGUUACGCAUUGUAUUCUGCAUAGGCAUGCAUUGGCAACAAAAACCUUGCCUCCACAACUGGCAGAAGUAUUAAAAAUUGUAGUGGAAUGUGUGAACUAUGUGCGAAAUAGUGCUCUGAGGCACCGCAUCUUCAGGGAGCUGUGUAAAGAAAUGGGAUCUGAAUUUGAGGUACUUCUGUACCAUUCCAACGUUCGGUGGUUAUCCCGGGGACAGGUGUUGAAUCGUGUUUUUGCCGUGCGUGUGGAAUUAGCCCUGUUUUUGCAAGAGCACCAACAUUGUCAUGCAGAUUGCUUCAAAGAUUCUGAGUUCAUUCUGAUUUUAGCGUACAUGACUGAUAUCUUUGCAGCUCUAAAUCAUCUCAAUCAACAGAUGCAGGGCGGUGGAGUCAACAUCAUCGAAGCGGAAGAAAACCUGAAGGCUUUUCAAAAAAAGCUACCGUUAUGGAAACGACGAAUAGAGAACGAUAACUUCGCAAACUUUCCCCUGCUAGACGACUGUGUAAGUAAGAUCGAAGAUGUAUCUGGAAUCGGAGACAUUUCUGUACCCACGGAACUGAAGCAAGCAAUUGCCACGCACUUAGAUGAGCUUGCAACGUCUCUUGAUGGAUACUUCCCUACAAGAGAGUCAUAUCCAGCAUAG